AUGUUUGAGGCAUUUCUAAUUUCCUUACUCUUCUGUGGCAGCAAUGGGGUGGAAGAGAAGAAAGGAUGGAUUUUGAAUAGUCCUGAGUACUACUGUGACGAUAAGUGCAGAUUCAAGCUACAAUCGUCAUCUAAGAAGAGAAAUCUUUCCGGCUGUAUUGAUGAUGACGCACUUUCGCUUAGUAAGGCCAAACAGGCACAAAUAGGGAAAUGCCUUAGAGUGAAAAAUGGCCUAAAACAGUUGACAACAACCGGCGUUCCUCGCCAAGACUAUCGCAUCUCAUGCAGACCUUCAAAGGAUCGUAUGGCAUGGUAUCGUGGAUGGCAGUCACUCACAUUCCAUGGAAAACCAUGCAUUCGGUGGGAUGAAGCACCGGUGAAAUUUCCACUGGAAAGUUUCUACAAUGUGUCUGCACCAUCUGUUGAUUACACCACUUUGAAAGUGUUCUCGACCACAAUAUCUCAGCACGAGGACUAUUGCAGGAAUCCGGACAAUCACCAACAUGGACCUUGGUGCUUCUAUUUAGAUGAUGAGAAAGAGAUCCGACGAGCUCCAUGUUUUCACACCUGCAUCACCGACAUCAAGAAAUUCUGCUUGGCAAAGGCGUUCUUCCCGUUCUUCCAAACUCCAUACCUGUUGAGCAAUGCUCCAUUAUCGCCAGUUGAUCCACAUUUUUUGCGUAGCAUCACAGACAAAAAGCUCAAAGCACAAAAUGAGCGUGUUGAUCUUAGUGAUAUACUGGAUGUUCAUGAUGUGAUUCAAUCGAUAGGACAAGUUACACCUCUCUACUCCAUAACUCUCACCGCUCGCCAUCUCACUCAGGCUAGACUCGCUGGGAACGCUGUUGUUAUUAGGAAGAAAUGUCAUCAGACUGGAAUACGCACUUUGAUUGCUGGUCCUUGGACACCGAUCAAAGAUGACUUGCUAAAGUUCCCUGAGGACAGUGAUUCGACGAAGUCGACCAAUGAAAUCCUUCGAGAUUUUAUGCGGGUGCAAUUUCUGGCCGGACGCCAAGGCAUCGACAAACCAUGGAAGCCAUGUUUUACUGCUUGUGAAGACAAUACUAUCACAUGUUGGCCGAAUCAAACUACUCUUAAUCUGAAUCAGCGGCUUUUCUACUUUGGGAAUCGUGCUGUAAAUCGAAAUGAACGAAUGUGCAUCAUGUGGACUAAGGCGAUGUCCGUUUUGUACAAGCACAACGCGAGAUAUCAAGUGCUCCUUGAAGAUGAUGUUACCAAGAAACCUUCCCCGAAGGGAAAAGGAAAGAAAAGCAAGAGUGCAAUCGACGUUGAUUUGAAGCUACAAGUUUUCUACUAUAGAGAACUCACGGAAAGGCGUGCCAUAGGAGGAAAAAUGGGUGUGAAUAGAUUUCUUGAUGGUGGAGGAAGACUACUACAUAGUUCUGUUUGCUUGGAUUUGGCUCGACUAAUAGAGCGUGAUGAAACAAGUGGUCCCAAAAAUCAAGGAGAGUUCCAGGCCAUAUUAGAGGAUGCCUAUCACAGCAUGUAUUUUGAAGGACCUGGAUGUUUUUCAUGGAUUGAUGAGUCCUAUAUCAAAUAUGUCCCGUGCUUCCAUCCAUGCCCAUGCGGAAGCGAAGCCAUGAAACCUCCAUUCAAACCGUACCGCGACAUGUGCGAAAAGAAAAAUCACGAAUGGGAACCCUGUGCCGCGAGACGCGAUGCGAGAGAAAUUCUCCUCCGUCAACAUGACGAAAAGGUCGAGCCGUUGCCGCCAGCGGAAGCAAGGGGGCUUUACAUCCCAUUGAUAAUUACAGUAGUCUCGGCAGCAGUUUGCUUCUUCAUCUCAUUUUUGGAUCAGAUGGGACGUUUUGUAUUUCGGUGA